UCACUAAUGUUGAUUUAAUAGAAGGGAAUCUGGAAAAAUUGGAAGCAAAACAUCAUUUCUCUAAGAAAAUUUUGGAUAACAGAAGUUCCGGAUAACAGGGCAAACCAAUUCAAUCACCAUGAGUUGGAGCUUCCUGACUCGCCUGCUAGAGGAGAUCCACAACCAUUCCACAUUUGUGGGGAAGAUCUGGCUCACUGUAUUGAUUGUCUUCCGGAUUGUCCUUACAGCUGUAGGAGGGGAGUCCAUCUAUUAUGAUGAGCAAAGCAAAUUUGUAUGUAACACAGAGCAGCCAGGUUGCGAGAACGUCUGCUAUGAUGCCUUUGCACCCCUGUCCCAUGUGCGCUUCUGGGUAUUCCAGAUUAUCCUGGUGGCAACCCCCUCGGUGAUGUACCUGGGCUAUGCCAUUCAUAAGAUUGCCAAAAUGGAGCAUGGCGAAGCAGACAAGAAGACAGCUCGAAGCAAACCCUAUGCAAUGCGUUGGAAACAGCACCGGGCUCUGGAAGAAACAGAAGAGGACCAUGAAGAGGAUCCCAUGAUGUAUCCAGAAAUGGAAUUGGAGAGUGAAAAAGAAAAUAAGGAGCAGAACCAACCUAAACCCAAGCAUGAUGGCCGAAGGCGGAUUCGAGAGGAUGGGCUUAUGAAGAUCUACGUGCUGCAGUUGCUGGCAAGGACCGUUUUUGAGGUGGGUUUUCUGAUAGGGCAGUAUUUUCUGUACGGCUUCCAAGUCCAUCCAUUUUAUGUGUGCAGCAGACUUCCCUGCCCUCAUAAAAUAGACUGCUUUAUUUCUAGACCCACUGAAAAAACCAUCUUCCUUCUAAUAAUGUAUGGUGUUACAGGCCUUUGCCUACUGCUUAACAUUUGGGAAAUGCUUCAUUUAGGGUUUGGGACAAUUCGAGACUCGCUAAACAGUAAAAGGAGGGAACUGGAAGAUCCGGGUGCUUAUAAUUAUCCUUUCACUUGGAAUACACCAUCUGCUCCCCCUGGCUAUAACAUUGCCGUCAAACCAGAUCAAAUCCAGUACACCGAACUGUCCAACGCUAAGAUUGCCUACAAGCAAAACAAGGCCAACAUCGCCCAGGAACAGCAGUAUGGCAGCCAUGAGGAGAACCUCCCAGCUGACCUGGAGACUCUGCAGCGAGAGAUCAGAAUGGCUCAGGAACGCCUGGAUCUAGCAAUCCAGGCCUACAGUCACCAAAACAACCCCCAUGGACCCCGGGAAAAAAAAGCCAAAGUGGGGUCCAAAGCUGGGUCCAGCAAGAGCAGUGCUAGUAGUAAAUCAGGGGAUGGGAAGACCUCCGUCUGGAUUUAAUCUUGGCUUAAAACUUGUGCUUUUCAUAGUUUAUGGUAAGCAGCGGCUCACUGAAUAAUGACUUCCAUUGAGUAAACAUUUGGCUCUGGUUAUCUUCAGGGAUGCUGUUGGCUCAUGGUCCAAGCUCAGGCGACUCUGAAAGCGGGGCUGGGACAAGGGGGAGAAAAGGGGAAAACACAGUGUUCCUGGGCACAUAUUCCAGCAAUAAUACAGUUAUGGAACUUUACAUUUAUGUCUUCCAGAUCUGGAAAAGAACAGAUAUAUUUAAAUCAUUCUUGUUGAAAAGUUUUUGUAUGUACAGUAUUAUGGUACAUUUUUUUAGUACGAGAAUUUUUUUUGUAUUUGUAUAUUGGACCACUGUAGUUAUACUUUUAUAUUAAAGGA